AUGUCCUUUGGUCUUCCACGGUCCACCUCAUUACUUUUCGUUUUUCCAAUGGCAAUGUUGAGACAGUCAGGUGUCGCUUGUCUCCGUUUUUCCAGUGGUCUUUUGACAGCACAUCAUCUAUCGCGUUGAUGCUAGUUCAUCGAUGAUGUCGAACAGUAUCACAGUCAACGCUGUGUGUGCGUGCGCCUCGCGUGCGACACCAAGUUGAAGAUCCUCCAUUGUUUCUCGCGUG